AUGCGCCGCAUGGUUACCCCGGACACCACGGUUCUGGCCCCCGAGUCCGCUGAGUCCACCGCCGCUUUGAUUAAGGUCCUGGAGGCCAGCUUUCCCUCUUCCAGGAGCGCCGAGAAUUCUCGGCGGGAGUCCUGCGGGGUCAGCUCCGCGAAUUUUCCCAGGCAUCCCAAGAUGUUAAAUGUAUAUCGGGAUAGCGAGCGGGAUCUGCGCGUGGCGCGGUGCCGGGAGCUCGACCAGCGGUGCCGGGAGUCGGACCUCGAGCGCGAGCGGCGGCGCCUUGAGCGGCUGCGUGACUCUCAACGUCGCCCGCGAUGCCUGGAGCCGGACCUGAGAAUCAACCUGGAAGAGACACGCUACAGAUGCCAUAAGUGUGGGAAAAGCUUCAAUCGGAGCUCAACCCUUCUCACACAUUGGAGAAUCCACACUGGAGAGAAACCCUACACGUGCUCUGAGUGCGGGAAAAGCUUCAAUCGGAGCUCUGCCCUGAUCACACAUCGGAGAAUCCACACAGGUGAGAAACCUUAUGGAUGCUCUGAGUGUGGGAAACACUUCAGUCAGAGGCCACACCUUACCGCACAUCAGACAAUCCACACGGGCGAGAAACCUUAUGAAUGCUCUGAGUGUGGGAAACGCUUCAUUGAUAGUUCAACUCUCAUCUCACAUCAGCGAAUCCACACAGGAGAGACGCCCUACACAUGCUCUGAGUGCGGGAAAAGCUUUAAUCAGCACUCUCACCUUAUCACACAUCAUAGAAUCCACACAGGAGAGAUGCCCUACACAUGCGCUGAAUGCGGGAAAAGCUUCAAUCAGAGCUCAAACCUUAUCAAACAUAGGAGAAUCCACACAGGUGAGAAACCUCAUGGAUGCUCUGAGUGUGGGAAACGCUUCAUUCAUCAUUCAGCCCUCAUCUCACAUCAGAGAAUCCACACGGGAGAGACGCCCUACACAUGCUUGGAGUGUGGGAAAAGUUUUAGUCGGCACUCAGCCCUCAUCACACAUCGUAGAAUCCACACAGGAGAGAGACCCUACACGUGCUCUGAGUGCGGGAAGAGCUUCAAUCGGAGCUCAAACCUUAUCACACACAGGAGAAUCCACACGGGUGAGAAACCUUAUGGAUGCUCUGUGUGUGGGAAACGCUUCAUUCAUCGUUCAGCCCUCAUCUCACAUCAGAGAAUCCACACAGGAGAGACGCCCUACACAUGCCCUGAGUGCGGGAAAAGCUUCAAUCAGAGCUCUGCCCUGAUCACACAUCAGAGAAUCCACACAGGAGAGACGCCCUACACAUGCACUGAGUGCGGGAAAAGCUUCAAUAAGAGCUCAAACCUUAUCACACACAGGAGAAUCCACACAGGUGAAAAACCAUAUGGAUGCUCUGAGUGUGGGAAACGCUUCAUUGAUAAUUCAACCCUCACCUCACAUCAGCGGAUCCACACAGGAGAGAAGCCCUACACGUGCUCUGAGUGUGGGAAAAGCUUCAAUCAGAGCUCAAACCUUAUCAAACAUCAUAGAAUCCACACAGGAGAGAUGCCCUUCACAUGCUCUGAGUGUGGGAAAAGCUUUAGUCAGCACUCACAACUUAUCUCACAUUGUAGAAUCCACACAGGAGAGAAACCCUACACAUGCUCUGAGUGCGGAAAACGCUUCAGUUAUAGCUCAGCCCUUACCACACAUCAGAGAAUCCACACAGGUGAGAAACCUUAUGGAUGCUCUGAGUGUGGGAAACGCUUCAUUCAUUGUUCAGCCCUCAUCUCACAUCAGAGAAUCCACACAGGAGAGAGACCCUACACAUGCUCCGAGUGUGGGAAAAGCUUCAAUCAGAGCUCAAACCUUAUUAAACAUCAGAAAAUCCACACAGGAGAAAAACCCUACACGUGCUCUGAGUGUGGGAAACGCUUCAGUUAUAACUCAGUCCUCAUCUCACAUCAGCGAAUCCACACGGGAGAGACACCCUACACGUGCUCUGUGUGUGGGAAAAGCUUCAACCAGGGCUCAAGCCUUAUUAGACAUCAGCAAAUCCAUACUGGAUGGACACCCUACACAUGCUCGGAGUGCGGGAAAUGCUUCAGUUAUAGAUCAGCCCUUCGCAUACAUCAGAGAAUUCACACAGGAGAGAGACCCUACAUGUGCUCUGAGUGUGGGAAAAGCUUCAAUCAGAGCUCAAACCUUAUCAGACAUCGGACAAUCCACAGAGGAGAGACGCCCUAUACAUGCGCUGAGUGUGGGAAGAGUUUUAAGCAGAGCUCUGCCCUGAUCACACAUCAGAGAAUCCACACAGGGGAGGUGCCCUACACGUGCUCUGAGUGUGGGGAACGCUUCAGUUAUAGCUCAGCCCUCAUCUCACAUCAGAGAAUCCACAGGGGAGAGACGUCCUACACGUGCUCUGAGUGUGGGAAAAGCUUCAGUCGGAGCUCCAGCCUUAUUAGACAUCAGAAAAUCCACAUGUGAGAUAACUGUAAUAAAUGCCUUGAUUCCGGCUGGCCAAAGAUUGUUUUUAAAAAGAUCACAAAUGCGAAUUCCCACAGAGCGACCUUUGCACCAUGUUCAGCGUGGUCUCUCAGCUCCCCUAGAUGAGUUGCCUGCUUCUGCCUUUUGCAGCUCCCCGUUCUUUGGGAUCAGUCCUAUGAUUUUUUUUCCCCAUCAACUCUUUUCCUUUUGAGUUGUAGGAGUGUGUAUCCCUCCAGCCAGGAAUGUUCUUCACAGGGAGAAGAGGUGGGGGAGAGAGGUUGGAUCCCAACAAGCUACACUGAGGUAAAAACUAACUGGGCCUUACAUCCACUAGGGCUGCACAU